CGCUCACGCACACACCAGGUUGACUACGGUAAAGGAUGGAUCGGUGAGGAGGAGGCAGGAGAGUCGCAUCCAGAGGUCCUCAGAGGAGGGAUAUGACAUAAUGAAAUGUGACGACUUCGCGCCGACUGCCAGAGAUGUCUCGCAUAUUUUGGCGUUUUCCUUCCAUUUCCGUUGCAGGAUGACCUGUCAGGUGCUACGUGAGUCUCGGUCCACAUCAGGAGCAGCGCGCGGUGUUGCGUCUGUGUGUCAACUCAGAGGAAAUGCCCUCGGAUUUAAUAUUCCUCAGCGGGUCGGAUCGCCUUUGCCUUGUAUUUCCGCGGCCACUGAUUGAAUGGCUGUCAUAACUUGUGCCCUCAGGACUGUAAAGCUACGAAAGCAGGAUGAAAAUCCCUCGUUUGGUGUUAAUGCGUCCUUUCAACCCUCUCAGUAAUUACACCCGGUAAUUAAGACUGGGAAUCUCGGUGAAAAUCUACUGAUUAAACAAUGGAAAAAUCUUCAGUAUAUCUACACAAAGGACAAAGACGUUUCCUGGCUGUGAAUUUAUUUAAACGUUGCCAUGGGGAAGAGUUUGGGCUGAAACACAGGGAGAUUUGAUAACACAGUGGAAGAGAGCCCAAGAGCCUGGAGGUGAAGACAUGGUCAUCACUGACAGAAACACCGGCACCCCUGUACCUAAAAAGGAGUCCCAGAAGAAGACGAGGAGGAAGUCUCGCCCUCAUGGCCUCCCCUCUCCGGCGCUCUGCUGUGCCUGCGGCCUAUGCAUCAUGCUGGCCGGACUCAACAUCACCCUGGUGGGAGCAUUCGCCUUCAGCACACUGGUGCCUUCUGCCAAUCCCCCGAUCAUCAUCGGACCUAUCCUACUGCUGGUGGCCUUUUCCUUUUUCGGGGCCUGUUGCGUGUGCAGCCGCCUCCCCCCUCCCCAUAGCUCACGGAGGUCUAAGGUGGGCGGCAGGGGCACGGGGCUGAUGGGACAUGGCGGGCUGGUCGGUGGGGCAGCGUUUGAAAUUGAGACCAGCGAGCACACGCUGCAGGAUACUACAGCCGUGCAGCUCAGCCCCACAUCCUCCCCUGGAUCAUCCCAGGCGUCCAGCCCGGAAAAGGAGGCUCCUGAUGUGGCCCUACCAAGUUCCUGCAAGCUCUUCACCAUGGAGACCAACGGCCCUUCUUCUGUUUCCGCCACAGCAGUCUACUCAGCCUCCACAGCAGCAGGGGGGGAGGUGAGACUCAACCUGCCACGUGAAGAAGUGGUCACCUAGCAGCACAAAAACUCUUCCAAGGCCAGAGUGCUAGCAGUGUAAAUAUCCUUCUGGGCUUAGGGCUUGCUGAGUGUGAUUGUGUCCUCUAGUUUAGUACCAUAUUUCUGGUUGUGACAAGUUGUCAACAGUAUGCUUUUGAUUUUCUUGCUGUGCAGUCAACUAGUAAUUAGCAUGCAAAGUUAAUGAAACAUCAUGUAUUUGUGGAUCAUAGGUUUUGGAAUUCAAAUUCCUACCUCUCUUGUGCUGUUUUCUUCCAGGUCUUUGUUUUUAACGUGGGGCAUUAUGAUGCUUAUAAAGUUUUAUCUUUCACUGUUACUCUGGUUUGUGGAAACCUCACCUGUCAGCAGUGAUUUGAGAGGGCUCACCUGAAGAAUGUGAUUGCUGAUUUGUUCUUAAAACUUAAAGAUUAGAUGUGAAUGGUCAACAGUGAAAACCUGAGUUGAACUGUACAGGUACAUUUGUAGUGACAUUUGGCAUUUUGUGUGCCAUUCUCAGUGCUGAACUUGUUUUGGGUGCACAAAAUAUUAUAGGUCACAGGGGUCCCAAAGCAAUAUUCUCUCAAUUCAAUUCUUGGCAUUUACAGUUCUUUUCACAUGUGAUCACACACUACCUGUCUACAGUCAAUACAUUUGUAAUGAACAAUGUGCAUAUAAAGUGUUACAGUAUAUUUACAUGUAACUGUGUACAAUGUUGGAUCGUGAAAGCAUCAUUCCCGUAGCUUGACAAACUUUUGUCAUCGCACCAACAUUAACACUGUGAAUAUUACGUUUCUCACCACAUUCAUAAUUGACAGUUUCUGAUUUAACAAGAUUUAACAGGAUAACUCAAAUCACAGUUUUAAGGUCACGUUCAUCAUGAUAUUUACAUCAUCAUUUACUUCAUUUAUAUACAGGUGGAAUAGGGACUUACCUCACUGUAAGGCAUAAAAAUGUGUCAUAAUGAUGAUUUUGUCGUCAUGGAUUUGAAUUUAUUGAAUUUAAAUUUGAGUUAUUGUUUUACAAAUGUGAACAUGUAAGUCUCAUUUUUAAUGUCUGAUAUGACAAACUGUAACUUCAGCAGUGGUUAACCUCCACUGGACCUAAUGAACAACAUUAUGAGCCAGAGUCUGACAGAGUUUAGAUAUUCAGAUUGCAUAAAAAAGUAUCUGCUCCCCAUCACUGUGAUGUCUUCUUGUCAGUUAUGAACUUGACUGGUCAAAAGAGACAUUCAAACCCUGAUUUCCUUUGAAAGGAAAGUUGCCUUAGACUGAGAUAUCAGGAUCAAACUAAUGAGGGCUAUAAUAAAAGUGCACAAUAGCAUUUUUCUUCAGAAAGCCUUUGUUUGGCUCUGGAUUUCUAUUCCAUAUUGUUAGGAAAGCCUCACCAAGAUUUUGUUUUUUGUAGAUGUUACAAAUGCAUGCAAAUGACUUAAAUGUUCCAUCUCAGAAAUUAAUGGAGUAGCAGGAGAGUGAACACCUGCAUACAGGUACACAGUCCGGUGACCAGAGCAUUCGCUUAUUUACCUUCAUUAUUUGUGACACAGCUCCUCAAAGGGACCAGUUUAUCUGUCAAAGCUCUCUCUCUCUCUUGUGCCAAAUUAGAGUGCUGAGCUUAUUUUUGCAUGUUCAGAGAACUGACUCAUGGAAAUGCAAACAACCUGUUGUGAAGUGUUGGUGUUAUCUGUGCAUUUUAAUUUGUGUAGCACUUAUACAAAAAUCUGUAAAGGAUAGAAUAUUUUUGUGAAAAUUAUAAUUUGUUUAUUUUAAAAGUAACCAAAUGUGAAUCCUUCAAAAGAUAUAAAUAAAAAAAGCUCUUUCAGUAGCACACAAGGUUGCUCAUUAUGUAUGCGUGGCAUGACACCAUGUUCUUGCUACAUUGCGUUUUGUGUCAUCAUGAAGUGAAAUGAAUAAAAAUGUCCAAAUGGA